AUGCCAACCCUCGCCCUACUUUGCCUCUCGGCGCUCUCUCCCUUUGCGGUGCCGCUCACCGGCGCUCAGCGGCGAUACCUUCGUGCGCAUGCCGGCCGGCUCACUUCCGAGAAGCUGCUUCCGCGGGCGCUGGUUCUCGACCCUGCGGCCGGCAGCCUUGGCGAAAUCGAGGAUGCGCUCUCCACGCGCGAGCUGGUCCGCUGCAAGCUCGGUGCAGCGAAGAAAAAGGCCGAGGCGCGUUCGAUGGCGACAGAGCUCGCCACCCGUCUGGACGCUGAGGUUGCGCAAGUGAUAGGACACACGUGCCUUCUCUACCGGCAGUCGCCGCAGCGAAUCAUCGAGCUACCGCCAGAAUAA